AUGCCGUGUUGUCUUUUGUCGCAGCCAUCGUCCUCCCACAUCAGCACCAUGGAUGCAUCAUCUGGUGCGGCAUCAGCAGCAGCCGGCAUCGCCUCCUUCCCACCGCAAGAGGCUGCAGCCAUGCAGCCCAGCGCCAUGCAGCCCAGCGCCAUGCAGCCCGGCGCCAUGCAGCCCGGCGCCAUGCAGCCCGGCGCCAUGCCUCCCGCCUACCACUUCCUCUACUCGCAGCUAGCCGCUGCCGCUGCCGCCCAGCAAGGCGGCGCAGCCCCAUCAGCAGCUCCAUCGGCCACAGCCGCCACGCCCAGCGCCUGCCACGUGUCGGCCUCGCACGCCGUGCACGCGCCUCACUUCCCCUCCAACGCGCUCGCCACCGACGGCCUCCCGCGCUUCGACUUCACCCCGCCGCCCAACGUGCCUUCGGCCCCAGCGCCCCAGCCCACAGCCCCGCGCCCACAGGGGACUGCUGCCUUCCAUGCCUCCUCCUCGCAGCACGCAGCACGCCAGGCGCCCGACGGCGGCAGCGAGCGGAGCGGCAGCACGGGUGCAGGCCACGAGCCUGCGCUGGCGCGGCGCACCACCACCAGCCUGUCCCUGGCCGCCGGCUUGGACCUGCCCUCGCCUGCCGGAGGACCCCGCUCCUCCUUCCCCCUGCCUCCUCGUGCGUCCAUGACCCCAGAUCUGCUGCAGCAGGCGCAGGCGCAGCUGGCGGACCUGGACCAAUCGGCGGGCGCCAACCUGCGCCUGCUGGGCCUCACACUGCCCUCCGCGCAUUCCUCCCUUCCGGACCAACACCCCCUCGCAACACCGCCCCCCUCUGCUCCUUUCCACGCCCAAGCUUCAGCCCAGCAACAGCAGCAGCAGGCGUCGCCCCAGUCGCCCCAGCUGCCGCUGCAGGUGUUGAUGCAGCUGCACGGUCUCAUGCACGGCCCUGCCGCCUCCGCCCACCCCACCGCCGGCCCACUGUCUGCCCAGCAGCAGUCCCCAGCGCAGGUGGCGCAGGCGCUGGCUCUGGCGCUGGGGGGAGGCGGAGAGGGGGGGCUCCAGGCGCAGGGCGGCAUGCAUGGGGGACUGGAUCUGGGCGCGGGCAUGAUGGGGGGAAGCAGCUCUGCGCCUGGCACUGGCGCUGGGGCUGGGGGGGGCAAUGGAGGCCCGAUGGGGGCGGGCAUGGUUGGCAUGGACGGUCGGGUGGGCAGCAGUGCAGGGGGGGGAGUCAGCAGCCACAUGCGCCAGGGGCUGCUGGGGGGCGCAGCAAGCAGUGGCGGGGCAGUGGGGGGGGCACGGGGGAUGGGAGGGUUUGGGGGAAUGGGUGACGGGGUGGGGAGUGGCGGGUGUGGGCAGGGCGAGGCGCAGCUGUUCCCCCAGCAGUGGAUGGCGGGUGGGGGCGUGCACACACCCAUGGCAGCGGUGCAGGCAGGGGCCGCGCGCAGCAACGGUGGCGUGUCCCCGUCAUCCGCCCUCUCACCCCAGUCCGCCCCACCGCCCUCUGCGCCCCUCCUCUCGCCGCACGCACCUCUGCUGAGCCCAAGGAGCGCGCAGCAUCGGUCGCUGGGGGCGCCUGGCGCAGCAGGCGCAGGGGGGGAGGCGGGUGGGGGGGUGCUGGGCAGGAGGGAAGCGGGCAUGGGGGGGGCGGGUGUGGGCGGGGGGGCGGGGGGGAAGUGGCGCAUGGUGGAGGCGGCGGAUGGCGUGCUCUGCAAGGUGCGCGCCAAGCGCGGCCAGGCCACCCACCCCCGCUCCAUCGCUGAACGGGUGAGCGUGGGGAGGGGGGAGGGGGAGGGUGGGGGGCGGGCAGGGGUGGGGCAGGGAUGCAUGAGGACGUGGGUGGGGCGGGGGUUGCUGGUGGGGGGUGCUGAUGGGGAGGCGUGGAAUGAGGGAAAGUUGCAUUUGCAUCUCCGACCUUGCCCUGCCCUGGGGCUCCAGCACUCCAACUGCUCCGCUAUUUGCACAUUGCGAACUGAUCUGCACCGCGUUGCACCCAUGGCAGGUGCGGCGAUCGCGCAUCAGCGACAAGAUGAAGCUCCUGGCCGACCUCAUUCCCGGCAUGGACCGCCAGGUGCGUGCAGGGGGGGCAUGGACCGCCAGGUGCGUGGGGGCAUGGGCAGGCAGGUGCGUGGGGGCAUGGGCAGGCAGGUGCGUGGGGGCAUGGACAGGCAGGUGCGUGGGGGCAUGGGCAGGCAGGUGAAGAGUGGGGCAAGGAGGAGGUGGAGUGGUAAGGGCGAGCUGCAGCAGCAGCAGGUGAGGAGUGGUGUGGAGUGCGGAAGAGAAACAGUCGCAAGUGGUGUACAUUGUGUGAAUGCGGCGGACAUGUUGGAGGAUGCCAUUGAGUAUGUGCGCCACCUGCAGCGGCAGAUCGAGGUGGUGCAGUCGCAGCACCCCGACGUGCACAUCCAGCCCUUUGUGAGCCGCCUGGACAGCCAGCAGGGCGCGGGCCGGGUGGACGAGGCCGGGGCAGAGGCCACGGACUGGGAUCCAGGGGCGCGAGGGGAUGGGGAGGGUGAAGAGGAGGAGAGGGGAAUUGUGAGGAACGGGGACGGUCCAUCUGCAAGAGGGGGAGCAGGGGUUGAGGGUCGAAUGGAUGAUGGUGGAUUGGAGGCUGUUAAGGAUGAGCAUACGGUCGCCACGACGAUCCACGACACUGUCAACUUCACGCUCAUGAAUAUUGCGCACGAUGCGGGGUUUGUUGUGACAGUGGAGGACACGACGCUGAUCCCUCAUCUGGGAGGAGGCACGCACGUGGGGGCUCAAGGGAGUACAGGGGGGGGACGGCAGGAGGGGCCGGCUAACAGGGCAGGGAGAGGGGAGAGUGGGGCCGCUAUGGGUGGGAGGCAACGUGGAGAAGGGGGGGAGGGCACUGAUAGAGUGGUUGGAGUGGAGGGGGGAGGGGAGACAGUACGUAAAUUCCCUGUUGCACGAAGGGCACAUGAGGUGGCAGCAGGAGCAGGGGAAAUAGAGGAGUGA